AUGGAAUCAAGCGACUCCGGCAAGUGGAAAGAAGCGUGUGACUCGGAGUUCGAUUCGCUUCAGAGAAACGACACGUGGGAAAUCGUGCCUCUUCCGAAAGGUCGCAAGGCCAUCGGGUGCCGAUGGGUUUUUCGUGUAAAGGAGAAUCAAGAUGGCGAAGUUGAACGUUUCAAGGCAAGACUUGUGGCCAAAGGAUUCUCACAGAAAUUCGGAGUUGACUAUGAAGAAACUUUCGCACCGGUGGCCAAGUUCACAUCGAUUCGUGUGGUGCUCAGUAUGGCGGCUAAGUACGGCCUAAUGCUACAUCAGAUGGACGUCAAGACAGCGUUUCUUAACGGCUCCCUCAACGAAGACAUCUACAUGGACCAGCCGGACGGAUACCUGGAUGCAACACAGCCGGACUAUGUGUGCAAGCUAAAGAGAUCACUCUACGGCUUGAAGCAAUCGCCUCGCAUGUGGAACCAAACAAUCGAUGGGUUCAUGAUCAAGAUGGGAUUCAAGAAGUGCGAAUCGGACCACUGCAUCUACAUCAAGCGAGACGACCAAGACAUGAUUCUCGUGGUGCUCUACGUCGAUGAUCUCAUCCUGGCCAGCAGCAACAACGAACUCCUCAAGUCAACCAAGAUGGCGCUGAGCAAACGCUUCGAAAUGACGGAUCUCGGUGAGCUCGAUUACUUUCUCGGCAUGGAGAUCAAGAACGACCGUAAGACGGGAAUGGUGACUGUACAACAAACCAAGUUUCUCAAGUCCGUGUUAACCAAGUUCGGAAUGGAUAACAGCAAGCCAGUGAAGACGCCUCAAGAUCCCGGCCUGAAGCUAACCAAGAACAUGUGUGAACAAGAAUGCAAGCACGAAGACACCAUGUGCAACGUGCCAUAUCGAAGUGCUGUCGGAGGCAUCAUGUAUCUCAUGGUCGCCACACGUCCGGAUCUAGCUGCUGCAGUGGGAUCAUUAUCCCAGUUCUCGUCCGACCCAUGCCCGACUCACUGGCAAGCUUUGAAGCGUGUGCUGAGAUACCUGCAAGCAACGCCCAAUCAUGGUCUUGAGUUUACACGUGAAGAAGGAAGCCGUAUCUGCGGGUACACCGACGCAGACUGGGCCGGCGACAUUGAGUCAAGACGAAGUACAAGCGGCUAUGUGUUCAUGAUGAGCGGAGGAUGCAUCAGCUGGAAAAGCCAGAAACAACGGACGGUCACGCUAUCUUCAACAGAAGCAGAAUACAUGGCGCUUUCCGAAGCAACCAAAGAAGCAGUAUGGCUCAAAGUGCUUUUGGGGGAACUUGGUGAGAUGACAAGCGACGAAGCGAUCAAGAUGUAUGAAGACAACCAAGGAUCAAUCGCUCUCGCCAAGAACCCGGAGUUCCAUAAGAGAACAAAACACAUCGACAUACGCUACCAUUUUGUGCGUGAGAAGGUGGAAUCAGGUGAAGUCGUUUUGGAGUAUUGCCCGACUCAAGAUAUGCUGGCAGACAUGAUGACCAAGCCGAUCGCCGCUGUACAAUUUGAAAACAUUCGCGAUCGACUUGGGAUCCAAGGUGCCGCAGCUAACGAGUCGAGAGGGAGUGUUGAAAAGACAGCGGCUGUGAAGAAGACACCUCGUCAAGCUGCGUCAAGUGUUGAAGCAAGUGGAAGACCAAGCUUCGCUAUACCGGUGGGUACCGGUAUGUACCAGUAA